AUCUACAUUCACGUGGAAUAUCCAGCACUGCUGGCAUCCCUCGUGUCAUCCCUGCAGCCGUUCGAUCACACCACACGCAUUUUCGAGCAUUAGCGGAGGAAUGACAGUUUUCGGGGGCUAGCAUCUCGGCCACUGCAUCCGUCCUUCCUAGGGGCAACAUCACGCCAUGACUGCUACGAGCGGCCCUACUCGUAGUGCUUCGCCAAGAACUAGAAGGCUCCUUCGCUUUCUUCACUUCGUUCGCUUCAGCAUCUUUCUUGGAGCAGCCGCUGUUCCUCACAGAGUUCGAUUCCCAUCAUCCAGCGUGCAGUCCUCGAUGCACAUUGUUUUCGUCUCUUGUCGUCUCUUUGACUCAUGGCGUCCAACAGAGUCUGCUGUCUCGCGCUCGCACUCACGCUCGUUCUGCUGGGAGUGGCUCGACUCCCUCGAUCGCGUGCCGAUGAUGUAACACAAGGCGUGGUGAUGGCGCAAUUCGUCCCGUGCGGCCUCCUGGACCACUACACUGACUUCACUAGCCCCUCCUACUGCGACGUCGAUGGCGUCUCCUGCGACGGCGGCAGGAUGAUAACCUCCAUAGACUUCCAUCUUCGCUCCCUCUCCGGCUGCACCAUUCCCAACACCAUCAGCAAGCUCACUACUCUAACCAGACUUGUCCUCUGGGGAAAUGAGUUCACUGGCAGCAUUCCUUCAGGGCUUUCACAACUGAAAUUACUCCAAUAUCUGCACCUGGAGGGCAAUCUGCUCACUGGCAGCAUUCCCUCAGAACUCUCCGUACUCACGAAUCUCACGAACCUCUACCUGCGAGGAAACCAGCUGUCUGGCACUCUUCCUGCCUUCUUGGGCCGGCGAUAUCCAAACCCCAUAUAUGUCGAGGCUGACUGGGACUCGUUCGUGUGCCCUCCCAACAAGGGAGGCUGCACGGUGCCACAAUUUCCGUACACAGCUUUCUGCUCCAAGUGUGGGGGCUUCUGCUCCACGUGUAGCCCUUCCUCCAUGUCAGCUGCUGGAGAAGGCUCCUCUCCGAAGUUAACCCCUGGGGAAAUUGCAGCCAUUGUGGUUGCCUCUGUCGUCUUCCUUCCUUUCCUGCUUCUCAUGGUGUACCUGACUUACGUCCGCGUUAAGGAAGAGAGGGAGAAGAAGAGGAAGGAGAGGGAGGGGAAGGUAGCGGAGGAGGCGGAGGUGAUGGAAGCGGGAGGCGGUGAGGGGGAGAGUGGGGAGGGGGGAGUGGCAAAGGCUGCUGCGGAGAGUGCUGAUGAAUGGUUGUCCCUCAGAAAGAGCAGUGGUGGUAGGGUAGAAUCAGCAGCAGGGGAAGCAGCACUACCAGCAUUGGCACCAGUAGCAGCAGCAACCACAGCAACAGUGGCUGGAGCAGCAGCAGGAGGUGCAGCAGCAGCAGCAGUGGGAGUGGACAUGCCUGGAGUGGCAGCACGAGCAGGGGGGCGUUGGAGGUGGUUCUGGCAGCCACCUUCUGCUCCUUCCGUAGAAGAGGCAGCAGCAGCAGCUCAUGCCGCAGCUGUUGCAGCCGGAGGAGCAGCAGUGGCAGCAGGAGGAGCAGCAGCAGUAGGAGGAGCAGUAGCAGCGGCAGUAGGAGGAGGCAUGGGUGUAACGGGGAGGUAUGUGGGCACAGGGGAAGCACCGGGAGAGGCGCGGCCACAGGUGUGCCGGCAGUGCUCGCUGGGGGAGGUUGCUGCAGCCACGGGCGAGUGGGCCGAGGCGAACCGCAUCGGCAGCGGCAGCUUUGGGGAUGUGUACAAGGGCGCCAACCCCAACCUGCCGGAGGAGAUCUGGGCUGUCAAACGAGCCAAGGUCCUCACCAACGACUUCAAGCGCGAGGUUAACGAGAUGGCAACGAAGAGCCACCCGAACCUGGUGCGGCUGAUGGGGUACUGCUUCGACAUCAGCCCGGACACGGAGCGCAUGGAGCAGAUCGUCAUCUACGAGUUCGUCGACAACGGCGACCUCGACCGCUGGAUCGGCCCCCGGUGUCCCCAUCCCCUGUCUGUGCGUGUGCGGCUGGACAUUCUCAUUGGCAUGGCUCGUGGUCUCGAGUACCUGCACAGCUUUGGCAUUGUGCAUCGCGACAUCAAGCCAGCCAACAUCCUGCUGGAUAAGAACAUGCAGGCCAAGAUUGCAGACUUUGGGCUUGUGAGGCAUGGCGAGGGCACAUCAGUGAUUGCCACACGAGUGAUGGGCACACCGGGCUAUGUGGACCCCGCUUACUACAAGUCACAGAAGGCAACGCCGAAGGCCGAUGUGCACAGCUUCGGAGUGGUGAUGUUGACGCUCAUCACGGCUCGCAAGGCCAUCUACAAUGUGGAUUCGGAUCAGUUCAACCUCAAGCAGUGGGUGGCUCCUCUUCUUGCAGCCGGCGAUGCUGCGGCCUUCAAGGACCCGCAGCUGGAGGCGCCGGACGACUUGGUGCUGCGCAUGGCGAAGCUGGCCCUCAGCUGCACCGCCAUGCCCACGGCCUCCCGCCCCUCCAUCAGCCGUGUCCUCGGCAAGCUGCUGGUGAUGAAGGAGAAGUUUCUGGGGCAGGAGGAGGACCGGAUGGCUGCGAGGAUCGACCGCGAGUUGGAGAACUCCACGGAUUCCAAUCUGAGCAUGGAGAUCGCCCGCGCUCAGGGAGCUCGUAGUAGCGGAGGGCUGUCAAUCAACCCUUAGCCUAGUUGUUGGUCGGUGAGGAGGAGAUUCUCUGGGUUCCGUAUAGUUUAUUGGACUUGCAUUUGCAGCAACCCCAUUAGUUCCUAUGCUCUUUGAUGGAACACCAGUUAGGUGCCAUGUCGUCAAUACGUGGCAGCAACUAUGUAGCGACACCUGUGAAAGUUAGUUUUGAGUGUAAGGCUC